UAUUGGUCCAAAUUUCAACAAAAUCCGUAAACAAAUAUAUUGAUUUGAAUACAUGUUGCGUUGGAAAAAUCUCCAAGUAUAUUUAUUAUUUUUACAUGCUUACUAUAACCCAGAUAACCUUUGUUAAUUCUAUAUACUUAACAUGUUUUGGAGUGUGAUUACUUCGGAUUAUUGUUUUCAGUAAUCGAACAUAAACAGCUUAUAAACUAUUUAAAAAAUAUAUCAUUAUUUUUUUAAUCAAGUAAAACAAAAACAACUACAACUUGCUACAUAUUUUGAAUAUAGAUUUUUUAUGGAAUGGAAGAGACAACGUCAUCCGCCGAAAAUGAACAAUCGGCUGAAAUACCACACACAUCAUUUGUGCAAAAUAUUGAGUUGACACCUACUUUAGCUCAACAAAGAAAUUUUAAGCCGUCAUCACAGGGUAUGACACACAAUCAACCGAUGGGAUUUUAUGUACCAAACGCUCAAAUUCAGAAUCCAACCAUAGAUACAAUGCAACGUCAGAAUGACAUUUCAAUAGAUGCCGUACCAUCUGAGCCACAGGCCCAAAUAAUUGAUGUAAAAGCACCCGUAUCUCAGGCUGAGUUUGUGCAAAAAAGUUUUAUGAAUUACGUCCGACAGAGCGAAACUAACACCGAUGAUGCCAUUUGCAAAGAAAAUAUUUUGUCGGUGAAUGAACAUAAAUGUGUUUAUCAAGCAAAUGUUCAAUGUGGAGACCAAAAUUCUAUGAUUGUAUUCGUUCCCAAAGAAAAGAAGUGUGAUGUUUAUGCAAAACAGAUAGGGAAUGACAAUAAAACAAUAAUUAACGUUACGAUACAUUCAAGCACAGUAACGUUUUGUGGAGAAAAUAUUAAAUGCAUUCCAAUCGACGCAAAUGGAGAAGUAUGGGUUCGCAUCAAAAGAAUAAGUACAGUUUACGAGGGACAGACGAUGCAGACUGUCAAUGAUGUUGACAACUCAAUGCUCAUUGAAAGUAUUGUCCAAGAGGACUUGCUAUCAGUUCGACUGCAGAGAAGUAAUGAUAAGGAAUUUUCUCUUGACAAUGUAUUACGUCACAGAACUAUUGAACAGUUUAUGUCAAAGCCAUACUGUACCUACCAGGUGACAGUUCAUGACUUUGACUACGGGAAACAACAGAGGCGUGUCAGUGACGAUAAAAGAGUAAACGAGGAAGGAAUAUUCAACGAUGUGCCUCUGUAUCGCAGCCGUCCAGCAGACUACGUGCAUUAUAGCACUAUUCAAGACGAGCAUGUUCUUGCUUCUUCAGGUCCACCAAAGUUGCCACUUCGCCCACCACCCCCAACAGUUAAAGUUAUGCCGUCUGAAUUGAGUAAAAGGAGAUUAGUCAAUUCCAAGUCCGUUUCGGACAUGACGAAAAAAACGGGCCGCUCAGCGACAAUUCGCCGUUCAGCGACAAUUCAUAAUCCUCCACCGCGUCCAAAGCUUUGGCCAAGAUGUCACCAUGGCAAAAUGAAAUUCGCCGAGCUUCUUGAAAAGCUAAAAUUCGAAAAGAAAGGAAGUUUCCUGGUUUACACAUCUCAAACAUUCGAGCAAUCUUUGGCCUUCGUCGAUUCGAAUAAAGCAGUGAAGACUCUGGAUAUUGUUCGUGACAGCAAAGGAUAUUACCUUAAACAUAAGGUGUCGUAUACAGAAAUACCAGUAUCUGCGACAAGUACCAAGCUUUAA